ACAUCUUUCACAAAUCUGCACCAUCAAUUGUCGAGAUGGGCGGCCAAAAUGUGACUGUUCCGCGGACCAAAACCCAAAGUGCAGAGAAGCCGGGUCCAAUGGGAAAAUUAUUGGGUGGCCAAGGAGCACCUCCAUGUAGCGGUCAUACCCUCCGCAAGCACACAUUCAUGUGGGACCCACGUCUAGGUGUAUUUACACGAUUGUGCAGUUAUUUGGGCGUUAGGGAGUCUUGGCCCUUGGGACACCACAUGGCGGCUCCAAGGCCCAUGUCUUCAUGAUUUUGUAUAUCACUGAAUCAAAGUAAAAGAUGGAAAAAGAGGCAGGUGGGUCCCCACUAUCACUGCCUCCACGACCAGCAAUCAAAUCACCAACUGUGAAGCCAGAGAAACUGGACACUCCCAAGCAUUCCAUAAUCAGUAGGCAGGGGUUUGGUGCUGCCGGGCGACCCAUUUCUUUGGUGGUGAACCACUUCAAAGCUUCUAUCAAAUGCCCCAAUAAAUCAUUUUACCAGUACACUGUUUCUAUAACUUGGGGGGACAAUGAAGCUGUUUUGAUAAAGGGACUGAAGAGAAAAGUUGUCGAUAAACUUUACCAAACAUACUUUUCUGAACUUGCUGGGAGAAGAUAUGCAUAUGAUGGAGAACAAAGUUUGUACACAGUGGGCCCUUUACAUGGAAAUAGAUUAGAGUUUGCAGUGGUGCUGGAGGAGUCAUUUGCAAAACGUGACAGCUCUUCUCACAGAGGGAACAAUAGUGAGUAUAGUAAGAGGUCCAAGCAUUCUUUUCAGCCUAAAAUUUUCAAGGUGGAAAUCAGUUAUGCUGCAAAAAUACCCCUGAGGUCCAUUUCUCUUGCGCUCCAAGGAUCCAAGGCAAAACAUGCUCAAGAUCCAUUGAGAGUGCUUGACACUAUAUUGCAGCAGCAAGCAUCUGACAGGGGUUGCCUUUUAGUGAGGCAGUCAUUCUUUCACGAUGACCCAAGGAACUUCACCGACAUUGGAGGAGGUGUAACUCGCUGUCAGGGGUUAUACUCCAGCUUUCGUGCAACUCAUGGUGGUUUGUCUCUAAAUAUGGACGUAUCUGCAACCAUGAUUGUUACACCUGGACCAGUGAUUGACUUCCUGCUGGCGAAGCAGGAUGCUAAGAAACCUUGCAACAUUGACUGGGCAAAGGAAGCUAACGAAAUGCUAAAAACUAUGAGGGUUCGAACAAGGCACACCAACAUGGAAUUUAGGAUCGUAGGCUUGAGUGAAAUGCCUUGCAAUCAGCAAUAUUUUUCUUGGAAAGUAAAGAAUGGUGAUGGGGGAGAUGAUGGAGAGAAGACUGUGGAGAUUUCUGUGUAUGAAUAUUUUGCCAAACAUCAUAAAAUACAACUCACGUACUCCGCAGACAUGCCAUGCCUGAACGUGAGCAGGAAAAGUACCAACUGUCUUCCACUGGAACUUUGCAACCUUGUCUCUUUUCAACGCUAUACAAAGGAACUAUCUCCAACACAGAGAGCAUCUUUACUUGACAAGUCAAGGCAAGAGCCACAGGAAUGCAUACAAGCUUUGACGAAUGCUGUGAGAAAUUGCCGAUUCGACAGUGAUCCUCUCCUAGCUGCUUGUGGCAUUUCAAUUGAAAAACAGCUUACUCAAGUUGAUGGCCGUGUUCUUGAGGCGCCCAGGUUGAAGUUUGGUAAAGGUGAAGAUUGCAUACCCCAAAAUGGGCGAUGGAACUAUUACAACAAGCAACUCUUGAACCCUAUCCCAAUAGAAUGGUGGGCAGUCAUCAACUUCUCUACUUGUUGUGAUACAAGUCAUCUUUCCAGAGAGCUCAUCAAUUGUGCAAGGAACAAGGGUCUUCAUAUCAAAGGUCCACAUACACUAAUUGAGGAAGAUCCACGAUACGGAAGCUCCAGCCCUGUCGUACGAGUAGAAAAGAUGUUUGAAAAGAUUGUUUCUAAAUUUCCUAGCCGUCGUCCUCAAUUUCUUCUUUGCAUCUUGCCAGAGCGAAAAACUUCUGACAUCUACGGACCUUGGAAGAAAAUAUGUCUGUGUGACAAAGGAAUAGCCACUCAAUGUCUUUCCCCUUCCAAGAUCAACAUCAAUGGUCAAUAUCUUACAAAUGUCAUUCUCAAGAUUAAUGCAAAGCUUGGAGGGAUAAACUCAUUGUUGGCCAUAGAGAUAGAGCCUUUCCUUGGUGAGCCCCCGAUAAAUUCUUGGGUGCCCCUAAUAAAAGAUACUCCAACCAUGAUUUUGGGGAUGGACGUCUCUCAUGGGCCUUCCGGAUCGAAUACUCCAUCGAUAGCUUCGGUUGUUGGAUCUCUAUCUUGGCCACUGAUAUCAAGGUAUCGAGCAGCUGUACGAACACAAUCACCGAAAGUGGAAAUGAUUGAAUCUUUGUUUAAACCAUUAGCAAAUGGAGGUGAUGAUGGUAUUAUGAGGGAACUAUUGAUGGAUUUCUAUCUAACUAGCGCAGAACACAAACCAGCUCAGAUAAUCUUAUUCAGGGAUGGAGUGAGCGAAUCACAAUUUAAUCAAGUGUUGACCGGCGAGCUGGAUGAUAUCAUAAAGGCCUACAAGCAUCUCGGUAAAGGUGACAUUCCCAAGUUCACGGUGAUUGUGGCUCAAAAGAGACACCACACAAAGCUAUUUCAAGAACGUGGCUCAAAAAACGUACCUCCUGGUACAAUUGUUGACACAAAAAUUGUGCAUCCGAGGAGCUAUGAUUUUUACAUGUGUGCUCAUGCAGGGAUGAUAGGAACUUCACGGCCUGCACACUAUCAUGUCUUGCUUGAUGAGAUUGGUUUCUCUCCUGAUCAGCUGCAGGAUUUCGUCCACUCGUUGUCAUACAUAUACCAAAGGAGCACUACUGCAAUCUCAAUUGUUGCACCUGUCAAAUAUGCACACCAUGCUGCCAAACAAAUGGGGCAAUUCGUCAACUUUGAGGAUUCCUCCGGAUCGCCUUCAGAACGAAAAGGAAGUCCAGCUGCUCCCAAGCUUCCGAGAUUGCACAAGGAUGUUGCGCGUUCUAUGUUCUUUUGCUGAGCUGGUGACUAAUUCUUUUGCCAGCAUGCAUACUGGUUCAUGGUGUCUCACUGGUGACCAUAAGCAUGUUAUCUGGGACAUAAGAAAUACAUAUCGCAAGCAACUAAAGAUUAUGUUUUGAACCGUGUUCAGUCGAUAGCAUUUAGUACUCAGAGAAGGGAAAAAAAUUCUGAGUUUAUACUGUUAGACAUUUUAUACCUUCGCCCAGGUUUUCGUUUCGCGGUUAAAUGGUCCAUGGAGGGAAACCUAUACCAGAAAUGGAUCCCUUUUAGAUAAUCUGUGUUCAAGAAUUUCUGUUUGGGGGUUUUAUAUUCUAUUUAACGUGUUUUGUUCUUUCAUCUUGA